UUCGCGUCCUUCCGGUAGAGGAAUGCUUGCUCUGAAUCAGUGUUUAUGUUAAAUGUUAAUGUUUUAAUCGGCCUCCGAAUAGUGAAAUUCUUGAUGGAUGCAACAUCAUUUUGAUGCUUUUCAUUUCCUAUUUCAAAUCAUGUCAUUCAAAACUUCCAGGAGUUUAUACAGCGUGUUAGCAUCCCAACCUAGGUGACGAAUCGGUUCAUCUGGUUGCCAUGCAAACGGAGGCUGAGCACAUUGGGAUGUUUGUGGAUCGGAGUUUUCCGGCUGAUGACUCCUCCCUCUUCUCUGACUACACCACGCCCCUCUCCAGUUUGCUUGGAGAGAUCACAUGGCUCCGCCCACAGGAGAUAUGUGAGCAUCCUCAGCUCUUCCCGGAUGAACCUGUUGAGGCCAACCCGAAGCAAGGGAUUCUGGGAGAUUGCUGGUUGCUAUGUGCCUGCUCCAUGUUACUCAAGAACCAGCAUCUGAUGAACAAGGUAUUUCCACAGGAACAACCCUUAUGGGGUGACAGUGGUUACCACGGUGAUUUCCGGUUCAAGUUCUGGAGGAACGGACAAUGGAUAGAGGUACGGGUGGAUGACCGACUGCCCUGUAUUAAUGGUACCCCUUGUUUCUCACGGUGCGUGAGCAGCAGAGCAUUCUGGGUAGCACUGCUGGAGAAAGCAUAUGCCAAGUUACACGGUUCAUAUGAGAGUUUGUGGGCGGGUCAAGUGUGCGAGGCCAUGGUGGACCUAAGUGGAGCAAUAGCAGAACGAUGGAGUCUAAAAGAGGUGAAGUCACCGCAACAGCCCAACAAUAUUCAGACUAAGGACACACCCAAUGGUACGAGAUUGUCACAACUUUCAGAGGAGCUGAAAAAGCGAUGUUCCAUCAGCUGCUCCAUCCACAGCGCCACCACUGGGGUCCCAGAGCUUGGCCAGUUCCACGCCAUGAGUGUGAUGGAAUGGAACAAUGUAACAACAACAACUGGUGAAAAAGUCCAGCUGAUCAGGAUUCGAAACCCCUGGGGGAGGAGGAGUCGGGGUGGGACCUGGAAGGAGAGUGGUUUAGGGUGGAGUUCUCUAGAACCCUCAUGUGCUCAGGCUUUACUGGCUCAUACGGCAGAGGGGGAGUUUUGGAUGGACGAGACAGAAUUCCAGCAGGAAUUUGAUGAGGUCACAGUGAGUUAUCCAAUCAUUGAGGAAGGACACCUACAGAGCAUCUAUACAGGUAACUUUUUAACCCACAGCCACCAGAUUGGUGGUCGCUGGGUCAAAGGUCACUCUGCAGGCGGUUGCCGUAACAACAGCACCUUCAGCACCAAUCCUAAAUACUGGCUGAAAGUGAGUGAGAGGGGAGAGGUGUUGCUGUCAUUGCUGCAGUGUGCUCUGCCGGAACCACCAGCAGAGGGCAGUGUGAAGCUGGCUAUUGCACUACAUGUGUGGAAGGUGGAGACAAAGCGCUUUAACCUGACACGGACGAUAAACAACCCGCCACUACUGUCACACACACAUGCGUACGAUCGUGAGGUGGUUCUACACACCCAUCUGAGCCCUGGGUUUUACCUGCUGGUUCCAAGCACCUUCCUGCAGGGAGCAGAGGGAAGGUUUCUCUUGAGAGUUUAUUCAUCCUGUUCUACCUCUGUCAGUGUGAUGAAAUCGACGCCUCCUCUUCAGCCCUGUUCAGAGGGAGACUGGGAGUCCAUCAGCUCUCAUGGAUGUUGGACCGUCGGUUCCACUGCUGGAGGAGGUCGCAACUUCCCCACACAUGGACGCAACCCCCGCAUACCCCUUGCUGUGACCUAUGACCCUGGAGGCAACAAUGUUAGGGUCACACUACGACAAAACAGGCGAGAAGAUGCCUUACAAGCCAUUGGCUUCCAUAUUUAUAAGGUACUUGAUGGUGGCUCUUGCUCCUCAUUGGCCCCCAGUGUCAUGUCUCCUGUGGUUAGUUGUGUCCCUCACGCCCACUCCCAGGAGGUCAGUGUGUCUUGCCAUUUGCAGCCGGGCGAGUACGCUGUAAUUCCCUCCACCUACCAGCCUGAUCUCAGUGGUCAAUUCACCCUCACGGUUACACGCAAGAUACAUCGGAAAGCAUUGCAGUGUCAGGAGCGUCUGGGUAGUGCCAUUCAGGAGGUCUCCUGUAUCUCUGUGAUGAGACGAUAGUCUGGGGAAGUGGAUCAGAUGCCCAUGCUGACAUGUGCUGGUCCUUCCUAUCGGACUAGAAAUGAAAGUCUUCUUACAGCACAAAACAGGGUUUACAAUGUUUAAGCCUGCCAAAAAGAGUAGCAGCUUGCCACACCAGCACAUGUGAUGUGCCUGUUAGAGGUGUGUGCAUACUGGCUAUUUUACAACAGCUUUGAAUAUUACCCAUCCUCAUUUUUUCACAUCAGAAUUUAAUGUUGGAACUAUUGAGUCUUUUUUUGCGUGUUACAUAAUGUAAAGCUGUUUUUUAUUAAUUUAUUUAGUAUUUAAAUAAUCUUUUGUCUUGCAUUUGGUUUCGAAUAAAAAGAGAAGA